GAAAAGAGUCGCACGAAUAACAUUCACAAUAUAUAUAGGCAAAUGUGAUUAAGAAGUGAAAUUUAGCUAAAGAAAACCCAUGGAGUUUGAGGAUCAAGAGAAGCAAAGAGAUGAAGAAAUAACAGCAACACCGAGUCACCACGAUUCACUCGAUAUCUCGGACUCAACUCACCCAACAACAAAAAUGCCGCCGAGUCCUCAACUCGAGCUCGAGCCGUUAACAGCGGUUCAACUCUGGACCAACAACAAGCCGAAAUACAAAGAGUGCCUUAAAAACCAUGCCGUCAGCAUCGGCGGCCACGCCGUAGACGGCUGCGGCGAGUUUCUCCCCGCCGGCGAAGACGGCUCAAUUGAUUCACUCAAAUGCGCUGCUUGUAACUGCCAUCGCAAUUUCCACCGGAAAAUUACACAGCCACCGCUCACCACCGCCACUGCCGCCGGCGGCGGUGGUGAACCGUUUCCGUUUGUUUACCACACACAUAAUCAGCUGCCGACAUACUACAAAACCUUAACACCACCUUGUGGGUAUUUACAGUACCACAUGGCGCCACAUCAGAGGCCGUUAGCUUUGCCGUCGACUUCCGCCGGCGGUGGUGGUGGUGGGUAUGGUGAGGAUCUGGAGGACAUUUCCAACCCAAAUUAUAGUGGAGGCUCGAAGAAGCGUUUUCGAACAAAAUUUAGCCAAGUACAGAAGGAGAAAAUGCAAGAGUUGGCUGAUAAAUUAGGGUGGAGGAUACAAAGGGAAGAUGAAGAAUUGGUUCAGCAAUUGUGCAAUGAGACUGGGAUAACAAGGCAAGUGUUCAAAGUUUGGAUGCAUAACAACAAGCAUACACUUGGUAAAAAACCCUAGAAAAAAAAAUCCCAUUAUUUUUAGGUAUUUUUGUUAAUAUUAAUUUUAGAUAUUGAGUAAUUAAGUACUUAUUUUGUAUUUCGAUAACCACGUCUGUUAAUUUGUUGGGUGCAACAAUAACAUAUUCAGUAUAAUUUCAAAGAUCUGAAAAAGAUAUAGUCUAUGUAGGUAGACCUUGCUUUUAUUUUGUAAGGUAAAGAGAUUGUGUUCGAUGUUUUAUAUUUCUUAAUAAUAGUUAAUAGUAGUAGUAAUACAUUUUAGGCUCUUUUCUUCAAAUUCCACUUGUUUACUUGGAAAUUAAUUUAAGUGCAUGUAAAGAGUGGGAAUGUUAAAUGUGAUGUGAUUUUACUUCUUGCUGA